AUGACUGUCCAUAAUAAAUUCAAGCUUCGGCACUAUUCUACUAUUACACCCCCAAAAACUCAAAAUUUUAAUUUUCGAUGAAACUUCGCCUAUAGAGGUAAUCCGAUGCCCUGAUAACGAAUAUGACCUUCAUUUUUGG